AUGGAAGCGCUAGUGCAAUCUUCUCUGGAAGUGCAUGCAGUGGUUGGAUAUGAGCAGCUGCUAGCCGAGAUAUUAACGACCUAUUUCCUGGGGAUGUUCACUCUAUGCAGAAUCCUUUCUCAUUCAACAAACCAAACAAUCAACAUUCAAACCAAGCUACCAUUCGUGGUGCUCGACGUAGAUAGGAAAAGUCUCUGGACGAACAACAACCCAAUGAUAGCGGCCAUCAAUCUCGGUAGCACCGUGUUUGUGGUAGACGGGGCCGUCGCUUUGACAUUUCUUAACAACUACAUACCACUGCACGACGAGGCCAUGUUUCGAAAACCUGAAAAAUUUGUCAUCAUAUCCAUUGAAACUGGCUCCGAGGCUAGAAUAACCGAUAUUCUAAAGGACAUCCAAAAUCACCCGGCGAUUCAGGAGAUCGCCAAUUUGCUCCUAAUCGUUCCAGAUGGCAGGACUUUCGAACUUUUGACUCACCGAUACGUUGGCAAUCCUCCGGAGGCAUUGGAGCUUCUACAUUUGGAUACAUAUUACCCGGGGAACCGAUCAUUUUUGGAAGGAAAUUCGCUGUUCCCGAACAAACUUACCGACCUGAUGGGAAAGACCUACCGAUUGGCAUCGUUUUAUUUGCUACCGUGGGUAAUGACACGCCAGACCGACGAUGGAAUUGUGCAAUAUCAGAAUCAGUCGUACACGAUCGAUGGUUUGGAUGGAUAUCUGUUGGUAUUGUUCUGUCAGCGCUUGAACUGUACCUGGGAGCUGCUGAUAGACCAAUACUGGCAGUACGGGCAAGUUUUCCAAAACCGCACUGGAAAUGGGAUGGUUGGAGCGCUGGUUGAACGUAAAGCCGACUUCGCUUUGGCCGCCGUUGGAGCGUGGCAUCAACUGUUCCACUACUUUAGUUUCUCGAUCCCCAUUCAAUGGAUCGGAAUUACCUGCUUGCAGCCGAGACCGACGUUGAUUGAGUACUGGAGAAUUAUUUUCAUGAUGUUUUCAAAAACCGUCUGGGCUUUGACGAUUAUCACGUUCAUUGUGAUAUCCCUUCUGGAUAACUACAUGCCCACGAAGAUUGGUUCUUGGUCACCAAAUAGGAGAGGCCUUUCUUGGAGUGUCCUCAAUGUCCUUUGCGUCUUUCUGCUGUUACCGUCAACGAUGCGUCGAAGUCGAGCUUCUGAAGUCAUGAUCUCGGUAGCACUUUUGGCCUUCACUUUAAUCGUUGCCUAUGUCUACAUUGGUAAGAUCCACAGCAUUUUGGCCAUUCCUGUGUAUGAACCACCGGUCGAUACCAUCGUCGAUUUUGCCGAGAGUGGUCUCCGCUGGAAUGCUCCACAUGAAGUGUGGAUGUACCUUAUCGCUGAAAGCGAAAAUCCUCACAUCAAACAGAUCCUGACCAAGUUCAACGUUGCUCCGAUUCCGGCCUUAAAAACCAUUGCGAACCUUGGAGUCGAACCGAUCGUCAUGGCAAAGUUGCACUUCGGUCAUUCCAUGGUAGGCGAAUGGUUCACGGCAGAAAAUAUCGAAAACUACCGGCUCAUGUCGGAUUUUCUCUACUACGAAUACGACACGGGUUACGCGACGAAAACUUGGCCUCUACUGGGGGAAUUCGAUCACCUGUCGAUGUGGUAUCGGGAUGGUUGCCUUUCGCGGUUCGUCGAACAGAUGGACGUCUUUCGGUACAUGAACCAACCGGUGCAGAUAUCGAUCGAACACUCGAGGGAUCGGCCUCCGAACAAGCUGAAGGAGAUGGAGGUGGACGAGAUCGAGGGAGGGCUGUUGUUGCUCGGCAUCGGUUAUGGAGCAGCCCUUGUCGCCUUCGUUGUCGAGAUGUUAGUGAAAGCGGCCAAGAGGAAGAAGCUCGUGCGGCGGUUCGCUGAUCCUCACGAUCGGUACGUUUCGACCAAGUCAGUCUCGACUGUCAAGGACCUUCCACUCUCCGACUUGAGCUCGCUAGAAAGAAGAGCAUUCUCGGACUCGGAAGUCCCAAUCGAUAAGGAGAAAGACACUUCUUGGCUCGAUCAAGGUGGCCUUGUCGCGGUCAGCCGAUAUUCACCAACGAAGGGAGACGCCGUUGACCAGAAAAGGCUACUUCGGAAGCUGCACAGGGAUCGCUACAUUCCCUUGUUGCGAACCGUCAUCGCAGCGCGCAAACCCAAGUCUCAGAUCCGCCAUUGUCGUGACCACAGCUCCAGUCACCAGGCUAGUCGCAGCAGCAGAAACCCAUAG